CUUGCAAAUUCUCGGGCCGCUGACUGGCCGUGUGAUUGCGAUGACCAUGUCGUCCCAGUCAUCCUCGUCGCACUUCGAGACACUGCCUCCCAGGUCAGAGUAUCGCUUCGAGCUCGAGGCAGGCGAGAGAUUGGCCAUCAGACUCGUGCCCGACACAGGCGAUGCAGAGAUCUUCGGUGCUGAGCUCUUGCCCAGAGAAGACAAGUGGUACACAUUCGGAGACGAGGCCAAGGGAUGUAUAUGCUCCUGGAAAGGAUGCACAAUAGAAAUCGUUCCUCCACCUUCUGCAGCAUAUCUCUCGCUUGAGCCCUCGCCCACUUUCUCUUCAUAUACCACCCUCCACCUUCAUCUAGAGAAAGCUCGGGCACAAGCAAGGCAGCACAUCCGUACUGCCCCUCAGUUGAUCCACGACCUCCGCCUGUCCUCUGAGAGCGAGGACCAAGAUGCAGACGUGUACAGACCCGAGGCGCAGGGCCCUCGCAUCCUCAUCCUGGGUCCGGAAUCUUCGGGAAAGACAAGUCUGGCAAAGCUGCUCUGCAAUUAUGCACUCAGAUCCCCAGCUACGACCUCUACCGGGUAUGAGGAGGUAGAAGAAGGCAAAAAGGUUCCUGGGGAGGUGGAGGCAAGCGAGGUGACCGGAUGGUGGCCGAUGCUUGUCAACCUGGACCCUUCGGCAGGAGCUCCGCCUCUGCCGUGUACCCUUUCUGCACACCCUCUCUCUCCUCUUCCCAAGGCCAGUCUUACGUCUGCAACGCCUGCUCUUCCCUAUGGUAUCACAACUCCCAUCUCAGGAUCACUGCCGCCCGGAGUCGCAUCUGCUAGCACAUCCUCCUCAAUCUCUCUCUGGCUCGGUCGCGAGCACUUCCGCCCCGCAGGACCUUCCGGAGAAGGGUCUGACGAACACGCCCUAUCCAUUCUGCAACGUCUGGGUCGCUUGGUUGAACGCCGUAUGUGUAGAGACAUGAAAGCUCGCAUGAGCGGCCUUGUGGUGGACACAAUGGCCACUGGUACGCAGGAUGCGCGUGGAAAGUACAGCCUGGUCAAGGAGAUCGUCAAAGCUUUCCACAUCGACAUGAUCCUCGUCCUCGGGCAAGAAAAGGUCACCAUCGACCUAACAAAAUAUUUCUCAUCGCAGCCUGAAGGCGCAGGGUCGAGGCCUACUGUGUUGAAACUCCCGAAAAGCGGCGGAGUCGUGGAGCUAGACGAUACGUACAAGACCCGCCUGCGGAAUGCGCAGAUCAAGUCGUACUUCUAUGGUGGGAACACGGCAGGAGACAAGAAGGGAGCGCAAGCAAUUGCAGACGCAGAUAGCAAUGUGAAUGGUAGUGAGAGCGAGAAGCCCAAGGUUCCCGGCAUGGACGAGCCUCUAGGCGGACUGAGUCAUCUGAACCCUUACAGUCAAACGAUACCUCUGGACCUCUUGGAGGUCUAUCGUGUAGGACAAGAAACUGUUGCACCCUCCUCUGCGCUCCCAAUUGGCUCCUCACGAGCUCUCUCCGCCUCGACACUUCACAAGCUGGACCCGGUCAACUCGCAAGCAGAUCAGUCCUUGCUUCUGAACUCUGUCCUCGCUUUGAUCGAGCCACCGGGCGGCGGCGGCGGCAAGGGUCAAAAGGACUCAGAGGUGUGGAAGAAUGAAGUUGGAGAUGAUGAAGUGGGUGAAAAGGAGGUUGCUAGGGGCACUGUACGCGGCUGGAUCCAUGUUGGAGCCAUUGACACUGCUAGGAAGCGAGUCACGAUUCUCAGUCCUGGAAUGGGCAGGCUACCGAGCAAGACUGCUCUGCUGGGGACUUUGGAUUGGCAAGAUGCCUGACGAGGCAGUCGUGCUUCCAUUGUAUAUGCAAUCAAGUCAUCUCAUCUUAUUGUACAAGUACAUCGUCUCAUGCCGCCUCACAAUUGUCUCCUGUUGGCCAUCUCACUUCUUUCCCUUGGGCUUCCCCCUCUUCCCUCCCUUUGAACCACCACGUCCUCCGCCCCUCUUGAGCUUCUCGAUCCUCUCCGCCUUGAAUUUUUCAUUCCUCGCCUUUAGCUCCACUCGUUUCUUUG